AUGCCUCAUAGACAGCCUUGUAAACAAUGUGGGAGGAGUCAUUUAGAUAUAUGUUGUAUUGGAACAGAUGCCUGUUAUUGGUGUGGUAGAGGUCAACAGGUUCCUACAGGUCGUGGUAGAGGUGUUAGAGGAGCAGCUAGUUUUAGCGGAGUCCAAAAUUGCACAUAUGCUCUAGGGAGUCGACAGAACUUGGAGUCUUCACCUGACAUAUUAACAGGUACAUUGUUCAUCUUUUCACAUAAUGUAUAUGCGUUAAUUGAUCCUGGUUCCACACUAUCGUAUAUCACUCCACUAGUUGCUGGGAAGCUUAAAAGAACACCAAAAUUAUUGAAUAAACCAUUUGAAGUGUCUACACCAACUGUUGCGUCUAUUAUAGCAAGAAGGGUCUAUCAUAACUGCAUAGUAACUGUUUAUGAUCAUGAUAUAUUGGCUGACCUAAUUGAACUAGAAAUGGUUGAAUUUGAUGUUAUAAUGUGUAUGGAUUGGUUGGCUUCUUGUUAUGCCACGGUGGAUUGCCAAACUAAGAGAGUGCACUUUCACUUUCCAAAUGAGGUAGUCCUUGAAUGGGAAGGCAAUGUUGCAGUGCCAAAGGGUAAGUUUAUUUCUUAUUUGAAGGCGAGGAAGAUGAUGUCAAAAGGGUAUAUAUGUCAUCUAGUUAGAGUGAGAGAUGUGGAGGCAGAACCACCGACUCUUCAAUCUGUUCCGGUAGUAAAAUGA